CAUUGAUUCGCUGACUAACAUGAAAAUCAAAAGUGCUCCCCCGGACCCGGCCGGCCUCUCCAAGCGCCUCCGGAGUUCCCACCCUCUGCCCGUCGUGAUGUCACAGGUCCAACUCAGAAAGCAGCCGGUGUUCGCCCAUCACCAGGGCCAAGACAGCAGGGAGGACCAAGAGAGGAAGACCAAGAACCUUCUGCAGCACACCUCCACCCUUCAUGUUCCGCCUCUCCGCAGUCGACCUGCUGUGAGCCAGCUGCCCAUGGAAGUCCUCAAGGUGCAGUCCCACCUGGAGAAUCCCACCAAGUACCACAUCCAGCAGGCCCAGAGGCAGCAGGUGAGGCAGUAUCUCUCCACCACCCUGGGUGGUAAAAGCGGCAGCCAGUGCUCCAGUCAGCCCCCCGAGCACGGCAUGCCGCCUGGGCCUGGCAGCAGCGCCCCCAACAGUCCCAUGGCCCUACUCACCCUCAGUUCCAACUGUGAGAAAGAGAUGGAUGAUGUCAUUGAUGACAUUAUAAGUUUGGAGUCAAGUUACAAUGACGAUGUUCUUGGACUUAUGGACCCUGGACUCCAAAUGAACAACCCGCUCCCUGUGUCUGGCAACCUUCUCGAUGUGUACGGCAACCAAGGACUUCCACUCCCCGGCCUCGGUAUCAGCAGCUCCUGUCCACCAAACAUUAAGAGAGAAUACACAGCUCCUGGCAUGAAGCAAGUACUGGACAAGCCUGGAUCCUGUGGCCAGUAUGAAAGCUAUCAAAGGCCAGAGGGCUUUCCAGUAGAGGCUGAAGUCCGUGCUCUCGCUAAAGAGAGACAGAAGAAAGACAACCACAACUUAAUUGAACGAAGACGGAGAUUCAACAUCAACGAUCGCAUCAAGGAGCUGGGAACUUUAAUACCCAAGUCAAAUGAUCCAGACAUGCGCUGGAAUAAGGGAACCAUUCUGAAAGCCUCGGUGGACUACAUCAGGAGGCUACAGCGGGAGCAGCAGAGAGCCAAGGAGCUUGAGUGCAGACAAAGAAAGCUAGAGCACGCAAACCGCCAUCUGAUGCUUCGUAUACAGGAGUUGGAGAUCCAGGCCCGUGCUCAUGGUCUGACAGUGGUGUCCUCUCCAUCUGUCUGCACAUCGGAUUUGAUGGGCCGAAACAUUAAACAGGAGCCCAUCCUUGGCGACUGCACCUCAGAUCUCUACCAGCAUAACUCGACUCCUGACAUGUCCCCUCCGACCACAUUGGACCUCAACAAUGGCACCAUCACCUUUGACCAGAUUCCUGCAGAUUCUGGGGACCAUGGCCCCUAUGGAAACUCCAGGACCUGUAAAAUGAAGGAAUUGGUAAGAGAUAACAUCCUUUCACCAAUUUCCCCAAGUGAUCCCCUGCUGUCCUCGAUGUCCCCAGAAGGCGCCAACAAUGUCAGGAGCCUCCACAGUUCCUGCUCUAGUAUGGAGGAGAAGGAGCAAGGCUGUUAGCAUUGUCCAGUGCCAUGAGCCAUACUGACACUUUCAAUCUGUAGCAUCACAGUGAGGCACCUCACCUCAAAGUGACUCUAUAUUUUUGUUGUAUUUUUGGUUCAUUUAGCACUGAACUCGAGUGUUCAUAUGCUGUAUGUUAAUUUUGCUGAGACAUUUCAGUUCUUGUUUGUACACAGUAUUUUCAUAUUCUUCUCAUGAACCACCAGACGUGUGUAUACCAGGUAACUGAAAAAUAUGACUACAAUCUGAUGUCAUUACAGAAUGGUCAACCUAAUGACGUUACAAGUUUUAGACUGUUUAUUUUUGUAGCUAACAUUUUUCAUAUUUGUCCCAGAUGUACUCUGUGUUGAACUGUACUGCGAUAACAUGCAGUUGUAAAACUGUAUUGGUAGGAAAGAUUGGAUUACUGAGUCAUUCCAACUCCUGAUGGUUCCAUUAUUCCAGGAAAAUGCACAAAAUAUAAAUUGGUAUUUAAAAAUUGAAGAAUGAAGUGUUUCAUAUUAUAUUAUUGCAUAUCAGUUCUCUUAAUGUAUUCUGAAGCAAUAACAAAUUAAACAUGAACCAAACAAGAAAUAUUAGUAUAUUAAGUAUGGUUAUUUAUAUCAUUUAUCUAUUUAGUUUAGUUUUACUUUUAUCCACUGAGAGCUCAUUUUGUUUGAGUAUAUGGAAAUAAUUCCGAUGUUGUGAGGAACCUUUUCAUGUAUAACAGCCCCCAAACAGACAUGACUACUAUAAUAAUACUAAUGUGUACUUCAUCUACAAAGUAAGACACAUAGAACGAAAAUAUUUCACAAUACUAGGUGAAAUUAUCUUAUAUUCAUAAUGUACUGCAGUAUUUUUUAAAUUGUGGGGUAGGUUACAAAAUGAAGAACAAAAAACAGAAGGAAUGAAAAAAAAAGAAAAGAAAAAGAAAAAAAAUUAUCGACAGAUGACAAAAGCACUAAAAACAUAAAGCCUAGUCCACUGACCAAAAAUAAUUUUAUUAGUCUUGACACAAUAAAUUAUAAUACUUUGUUUAAAAUAAAUGUUAAUUAAAAUGAAUAAAUAGUAUGAAAUAGGCUCACAGCAGUCUUUGCCUGAAAUUUCUCUGUUGGCACUGAUCAAAUGAUUCUUUCUCUUGCACUCAGAGCUGAGUAGACGUGUACUACAGGUUUUUUUUUUUUUUUUAAUGUCUGUACAGAACUGGUUGUAACCAACCAUGAUAUUUUUGUUCAGGUUUGUGGACUCAUUGUAAAAAUAAAUAAAUAACACUGAUAUAUUGUAUUGAGUGACUUUU